GAGAGAGAGAGAGAGAGAAAGGACAAAGAAAUCGAAGGAGAAGAAGAAGAAAGAAGAAGAAGAAUCCAAAAGCAAUCCCAUCUCUUCAGACCUGAAAGAGUAGAAAACCUAUCGGUUUCAUUACCGAUACAAUCUUCCCCUCUAAAAGGAUUGCAUUGGAAUUGGAUUUCAUCUUCUUCUUCGUUUCUCUUCAAUUUCGAUUGUGGCAGAUCUAAUUUAAUUAGGGUUUUUAUUUUGGGGGUGUUUCAGAUACUACAUGCAUAUGGGAGCAGUGGUUGUGUUGGAUGCUAUAAAAGGCCUGCACUAGUUACUGUGGAAGUACCAUCGACUGGGUUGACAAAACAAGGUAAGGCAGUGGAUAAACCUAGUACAUCAGAAGAUUUCUGGACCACCAGCACGCAUGAUAUGGACAACAGUGCUGUUCAAUCACAAGGGAGUAUAUCUUCAACAAGUUUAACUAAUCAAGCUGUGGCUGCCCAUGCCAGUUCUUCCAACAACCCGUCUGAAUUUGUAAAUCACGGUCUAAUUCUAUGGAAUCAGACUCGGCAGCGUUGGGUUGGAAAUAAAAAGCCUGAGAAUCGAACGCAACAAUUGCGAGAACCUAAAUUAAGUUGGAACGCAACAUAUGAAAGUUUACUGACAAGCAACAAACCAUUCCGUCAGCCUAUCCCUCUCGCUGAAAUGGUAGAUUUUCUUGUGGACAUUUGGGAACAGGAUGGCCUGUAUGACUGAGCCGUUGAAGGUUGAGGAUUUGCCGUUUGGUUUGUUUGAUCCAUGAAAUAAUUUUAGUUCUUGCUUCUGUAGGAACAGGGGGAAGGGGAAUGAAUAUGUUGCAGUUUGUAUAUCAAUUUUUACAUGCCAAAAGAGUGUAAUUUCUCUCUGCAGGCUUUAAGAUAAUUGUAUUAUACUUUAUUUAAUUGAUUGUCCUGGUUUCUCUCUGGUAUCCACAAGAGGCAAGUUUGGAAAA